GGGACCCUUUGGAGGGCCGGGGUCGGCGACCGAACGGUGGCCGUGCGUCGCAGCAGUUGCGGCGCCGCGACGUGGAGACUCUCGCGUGUGUGCCGAGCAGUCAAGUCAGUUGGUCCGUCGUGCUUGCGAGGUUCGGUCGUGUCUCGCACCGAAACGCGAAAAGACCCGUCUGAUAUUUUGGAAUCGGUCCGUGCGACCUUUGCUCUCUGCCUGCCUCACUUGUGACCCCACGUGACCCCGAAGAGGACCAUCGGCGGUUUUGCUGCUACCUGAGGAGCGGCGUUCAACUUUCCACCUGUUGCGAAAUGUGCCCCGGCGGAAGUAGCCGGCGCCUUUCUCGGGGAUCGGGGGCGUGCUGAGCGUGAGCACGUCGCCCCCGCACAGUGGCGGGCCUGACAUGCCGCGUGGGCCCCCGAGCCCGCCUGGCACCGCCCUCCUGCUGGUGCUCUUUCUGCUGCCCAUCGCUGCCCUCGCCGAUGACCUGCCCGCGACCCCUGUGGCGGUGGUGGCACCGACCACACCCGCCCCUCCGAAUCUGCCGCCAGGAUUUGUGCUCAAGGGCGCAUCCCGCCAGCGACACAAAAUCACCAUUGGAUACCUGCCUUCACUCAAGGGCGACGCCAAGUUAAAAAUGGGUUUAACUAUCAGCGGUGCCAUAACUUACGCUCUAGAUCAGAUCAACACUUCAAACGUCACUUUACCUUGGGUAGAUCUGCUGAUGCGCUACAAUGACACCAACAGCAAAACGGUGCCCGCCACCAAAGCUCUCAUCCACAUGAUCACAGAGGACACCAAGGCUAUCUUUGGCCCGGAAGCUUCUUCUUGCAUCGUCGAGGCCACCGUCAGUCAAGCAAUGAACAUCCCCAUGUUUUCACACAAAUGCGCUGACAGCAAAGCAAACCCAACUUUGCUUAGAAUCGACCCCCCAAACUCUCAGGUCAUUAAGUCGGUGCUGACCUUGUUGGAGUACUUAAACUGGAGACAGUUUUCCAUCAUCAACGAGGAGGCUUGGAAAGAGCUCGCCUUCACCCUGCAGAAGCGCGCAGAGGAGAAGAAAUUCACUGUAAACCAUCAGCGCACCAUCUAUGAUAGGCACAAGUGUUGUGUUCAGAAACUGCUGUGCUGCCACGCAGGGAUCUGGUACCAAAUCAUUCAGGAAACAAGAAACAAGACUCGAAUUUAUGUGUUCAUGGGAACCUCACCUAGUCUAAUUGACCUGAUGACCGGUAUGCAAGCGCUUCAGCUUUUUGACAACGGUGAAUACAUGGUCAUCUACAUUGACAUGGAGACCUAUUCAGUCAGGGAUGCAGUCAAAUAUCUUUGGAAGAGUGACUACCUAAGCAGACUCCAGUCAUGUUUCUUCCACAACCAGAAUAAUAUUGAGUUUGAGAAAAGAGCCAAAUCUUUGUUAGUGGUGGCGAUGACGCCACCGGACAACCAAUUUACAAAUUUUACUGACGCUGUGCGAGUUUACAACGCAAAAGAGCCAUUUAAUUUUUCUAUGCCUACCAUUUUUGGGAAUUUCAAAACACACAUUCCAAUUUUUGCUGCAUACCUCUAUGAUGCCGUCAUGCUGUACGCCAACUCGCUGCACAAACUGAUUAGUAAUGAAAUAGCAUACGCGGCCAAAAUUAGCUCUUUGCCUGAAAGUCAGAUCUGGCCGACAAAUGAAAAGGUGUUGGAGCUGGCCAGCAACGGAACGAGGAUUAUUGAGACCAUCCUUAAGAACGGCAGUUAUCAGAGUAUCACUGGCUCCCUGAUUAAGUGGGAUGAGGCGGGAAACUCGGAGGGCAACUUUUCAGUAAUCGGCCUUCAAAACUACAAUUUGACUGAGCACACAAACUUCAGCUGCCCAUUCCAUAUGCUGCCUGUGGCUAAAUUUGAGCACGGUGCAAAAAAUGACACAUUGGAUUACAAAGUUAUAAGGCAUAUUCAAUGGCCUGGAAAUACAAAACCAAUGGACGAACCAAGUUGCGGCUUUGAUAAUAGCAAGUGUCCACGAGUGAACAGCCAUGAUCAAAGUGUGGUUGCUGCUGGCACAUUGGGUGUUCUCCUCUUUUGCGCUACAGUCAUCACUGCCAGCAUUUAUCGAAAGUGGAAAAUUGAGCAGGAGAUUGAAGGUCUGUUGUGGAAAAUCCACCCUACAGAGCUGCACAGCUACAGUGGAGACAUUGUCUCUCCUCCUAGCAAGUUGAGUCUGAUGUCGGCCGGCUCUUUUGAAUCUCGAUGCGGACCACAGGUGUUUGCUUCAACAGGACAGUACCGAAAUAUGGUGGUGCGCAUCAAAGAGCUUGUAUUCAGUAAAAAAAGAGACUGCGUCACCCGAGAGGUGAUGAAGGAAAUGAGGCUUUUGCGAGAGCUGCGACAUGACAAUGUCAACUCUUUUAUUGGCGCCUGCAUAGAACCCAACCGGGUGCUCAUCGUCACUGAUUACUGCGCCAAGGGCAGCCUUUACGACAUAAUCGAAAAUGAAGACAUCAAACUAGAUUCUAUGUUCAUAUCUUCGUUGGUUCAUGAUUUGAUAAAGGGUAUGCGAUACUUACACAACUCCCUCUUGGGCUGUCACGGCAACCUGAAAUCCAGCAAUUGUGUAGUCACCAGCAGGUGGGUACUACAGGUGGCCGAUUUUGGACUCCACGAGCUCAGACAAAACGCUGACAAUGAGAGUGUAGGGGAGCACCAGUACUAUAGAAGUGCGUCACAGUACAUAAUAUAUUUUAAGCUAUUUAUUUUAAACAACCUUUCAGAUUUAUUUUGGAAAGCGCCCGAGCUAUUGCGUGGUGUAAAUCCAUCCACAAAAAUCAGCCAGAAGGGUGAUGUGUAUUCAUUUGGAAUUAUUUUAUAUGAAAUUAUUGGCCGCCGAGGGCCAUUCGGUCCUUGUACUGAAGAUCCUAAAGAAAUAAUACGGAGGGUAAAGGAGGGUCGUUAUGGGCCAAAAAAAGAGCCAUUCAGACCAGACCUUUCGAUAACCUAUGAUACAGACACUGGAUGUCCAGAUUAUGUUACUAACUGCAUAACUGCUUGCUGGCAGGAGCAGCCAGAAAACAGACCUGAUUUUCACAACAUAAGAGAACAACUCAAGAAAAUGAGGGAGGGAAUGCACCACAAUAUUGUUGACCAAAUGAUGGACAUGAUGGUCAAAUAUGCUAAUCACUUAGAAGAGCUUGUGUCCGAGAGAACUAGACUGCUGUUUGAAGAGAAGCAGAAAACUGAGGACUUGCUUCACCGAAUGCUACCAGCGCCUGUGGCGCGGAACCUGACAAUGGGCAUUGGUGUUCAGCCAGAGUCGUAUGACUCUGUGACAAUUUACUUCAGCGAUAUUGUCGGAUUCACCUCCAUGUCAGCAGAGAGCACUCCACUGCAAGUGGUUACCUUUUUGAACGACCUUUACACCCUUUUUGACAGCAUUAUCCAAGGGUACGACGUGUAUAAAGUGGAGACCAUUGGGGACGCUUAUAUGGUGGUCAGCGGACUGCCUCUAAAAAAUGAGAAGCAUGCUGGGGAAAUUGCUUCAAUGGCGCUGGACCUUCUUGCUGCAGUCAAAAGUCACAGGGUAGCCCACCGACCUCAGGAGACACUCAAGCUCCGAAUAGGAAUUCACACAGGUCCUGUUGUUGCUGGGGUUGUGGGCCUGACAAUGCCACGCUACUGCCUAUUUGGUGACACAGUAAAUACGGCCUCUCGAAUGGAGAGCAACGGCGAAGCGCUGCGCAUCCACAUUAGCGAAGAGUGCAGAAACGCCUUGAACAAACUGGGCGAGGGUCUCUAUGUGGUGGAGGACCGCGGCCCUGUCUUCCUCAAGGGAAAGGGCGCAGUCAGCACACACUGGCUAGUGUCAGCCACUCCUCUGGCCAUUCAAAGGAGAAAUGUGGACGCUAACAAUCUACCUCCACCCUUAUUCUGUAGAUCGGAACUCUCUGGAAGACAUUCGGGUUCAGUGCUUGGCAACCCUGGUGGCAUCGGAACCCCUGUUCGGCGCCGCGUGGGUGUAAGCACUAGUCUCGCGGCGCCACAAACCUCGCAACCAUCACCAUCAAGUUCGACAGCGUUUCGCACCGUCUCCCUAAAUGACACGACGGACGCUUCACUAAUGGACGGGAAUGGCCAUCACGGGCCCAAGGGCAGCUGCGGCGGCUCUUCAGUGGUCACAUGCCCGCUCGAUCUCAGCACUGCUCCAACUGUGUCACGCUCCUUUGACCCGUUCCCCUCGAUCCGCGGCCAAGCGGCCAAACGUCUAGUGCGGCCACGUGAGGCCAAAUCGCUCGAGGACUGCUGUGUCACGGUGGUGGUGCCACCAACGCCCUCGCCGGUGUUGCCCAACGGCCGACUCAGCAAGCACGAGAGCAACGAGUCAGCCUGUUCCGAAGAGGGCACCCCGCUCAUUCCACCCAAGCGCUGGCGCUCCCUUGAAGGGCACGAGUUGCCCGUCGAUGACCUGGCCAUGGAUGCGCCUGGUCUUAGCGCGCACAAAGUCAAUCACCGCGGAUCUCUCAAGUCUUGGCUAGUCGGAAUCCUGAACGGCAACGGCCUCAAGGGCAGUCACUCGGCCAACGCCAGUCAAACGUCGCUCAGGAAGAACGUCUACAGCCUGCCAAACACGAUGGCAGCCGCGGCUCCGGCUGGCCUAGUAUUCGAGCCGCGCCGUCAGACGCCCAAGUCCAAUGAUGAGAGUGUUGUGUGAUAAUAGAAGUGUGAAGAACUUUAUAAUGAGCUGUUUAAUUUUUAUUCGAGCUUAACAUCAAAGGCGCCUUUCCUCUCUGAUUACUAUUUCCAUUUUAAGCUCGCUCAUUGAUGUUAACAAUUUUUCGUGAUUUUGUUUAAAAAAAAAAAUGACUAACAGUUUCUGGAUAUGCUGGACAGCAGAGAUUCAAAUGAAUUUGAUUAAAAUAAGACUCUGGAAAAUUAAUUUGAUUGUAACUUUUCUGCGGUGCCUAUAUUAUUGAUUUAGAAAAGGAAAAUUAAAUCUCACUUCUUUCUUGUUGAGUAUCUUUAUACUUAUUUCUUCCCUUUCCUGUUGUUUUUAACUUUUGGAGCUUUUCCAUUGAGCCGCGCUUGUGAAAUCUCCACAAACUUUCGCGGCGGCAAGCGUACCUCGAAUCGCAGUGCCAUGUUCCCGACAAAAACUUCUAUCAAUAUUCAAUACGAAUUCUCUGAGAAAACAGUGUGCAUUUUUUUUUUAUGUCUACAGCAAUUAUGAUAAGUGAAGCGCGUGCGGUAAAUUUUGCGUGUUUGCGUCAGUGGUGAAUUUUUAAAUUGCUUUUAGUUUGUUGUAUUGUUUCCCUACGUGAAAAUUGACGUCCAGUCACCUAAGUCGGAACGUGUCGUUUACCACGUAGUUUGUAAAAUUGAAACCUUAAACCUUAAUUUCAAAUAUGGCUGUGAAUCCGCUAUUGUUAAUUAAUUGUUAGGAUUUCACUCAGUUAAGACAAGGCACCGUCAGCUGUAUUCCUGUGUUGAGCUGUUUGCAUUUUGAUGUCAACUUUACGUUUGAUUUGUCUUGUUUGCAAAAACAUUGGAAUGGAAAAAAAUAAUACUGUGGCUCAACUUUUUACAAUGAAUAGUAUUUUUUGAUUGGACCUACGUACAUUAGCUGAGAAAAUUGAUCUGCAAAAAGUAGGCGCCAACAACUAAAUUUGAGUUUUCCAGUCAGAGCAAGAGUGUAUGCCAUUUUAAUUAAUUGAAGAAUAAAGACACUGAAAUUGUG